UGCAAUUGUUUUCUGCUGACUGUCAUAGUCGAUUUGAUGUUUAGACUUCAAUCAAAUCAGAGCACUCAAUACGGAGCAAAGCUACAGAAUGCAAUUCAAUAUGAAUAAUCAUAGUUUCGAGGAGAUGUGGAACGAUUGCAGCACUACAGAGCAGUCGGAGCAAGAUGAGCAGAUCUUUGCGUCGAUGCAGCCCCAUCGUGUGCGGUUCGCGAUGUCCUCGAGGAGCGACAAGCGCAUGGCCAAGGUCUACAGGAAGAUCCACGCCUGGAACGCGGACGAGGCGAGCAACAGUAUGGAGAUGAUCUACACUAGGACGAUCUGCAGGUUGUGCCUGAUGCCCAUCAAAGUCUGUCGCACCUACGGCUACAAUCUGAAGAGGUAUGAUAUGCAGCAGGAGGAGGAGGCCAAAGACGCCUACGAUCGCCACCUGAGGAGGUAUAUGUUGAUGCAGCAGUAAUCCAAUGACGCCCCCGCCCUCAAUCUGAAGAACAACGAAAUGGAGCAACAAUAUGCUAAAACUAGCGCAGUUGUUGUAUUUGUU